AUUUGCUUGUGUGUAUUUAUGCGUUCGUACACAUGUAUGUGUGUAUAUCUGUUUGUGUGCACGUAAUUUGUUUUUCUCUGUGUGCAUACGUGUUUGUUUGCCUGUUUGUACUUUAAUGUGUGAGAGUGUAUAAUUAUGCUUUUAAACAGACAUACGUUUGUGCCAAGUUGCAAGUGGUUUUGUGUGUAUGUGCAUGUUUUGUAUGUCCAUGCACUUACUGGUAUGCAUAUACUGUAUGUGAGGGGAUUUUUGUGUGCAUGAGUUUAUGUGUUUGUGCAUGAAUAUUUGUGUGUGUUCUUGUCUGUUUAUGUUUGUAUGUUUAUGUGUAUGUUUGCUUUUUUGUGUGUGUUUGCACAUUGGCAGGCACAUUUGUUUUGGAGUGUUCGUGUGUGGGACACAUUUGGUUGUGUAGUAGCCCAUUUUGACAUGUAUGUUUGCAAGUGCUUCAUGUGUGUAUGUGUCCGUAUGCUUUUCUGUUACUGCGUAUUUGUGCUUGUUUUUGGGUGUUUGUAAGUUUGUGUGUUUUCUUGGGCAUUUGUGCGUGUGUUCAUGAGUGCUCGUGUGUUUUCGUACACGUGCACACACAGUAAAUUUGUGCUGGGGUUUGUGUGUGAUUUUUUUCAUGUGCAGGUGUUCUUGUAUCUACAUACAUUUCCAUGCAAAUGUACAUGUAGGGUAAAUAUACACGUAUUCAUUGUGUGCUCAUGCUGUUGUGUAUGGUCUUUUGUGUUUGUGUGUACGGGUACGCUUGUGUCUGUAUUUGUCCCCGAGUGUGCUUGUGUAAGUAUGUUUCUGCUUGUUUGUUUCUCUGUUUGUGUGUUAGUAUGUAUGUGUGUAUCUGUAAGUGUGUCUAUAUUUGUGAGCAUUCCAAUUGUGUGUCAGAGUCUGUGUGUCAGUGCGUGUGUUGCUUGUGCUUUUGCGCACACCAGUUUUUUUUUCUUUUCUGCUUAUUUAAACCUUAGAUAGAGGUUUAACCAUUGACUGUGUAUGAGAACUGGACUAAGUGACUCCUCCCCCCUCACAUUCCAAACAGGAAGUACCUGCUGGCCCCAAGAAGACAAAAUCUAAUAGACUUCUAUUGAGAAAUAAACAGCUAUUACUCAGUCAUUCAAUUUGUCAGAAUCACCAAUCUUGCUCUGCUACCUUUUUUUUUUACAUGUUCUUACUGAUCCUAUUUUUUUUCAUGAUAUCAAGUUAUAGACUAACCAAUCAGAUGCCUUAGGUAUGUGUUUUCACGUCCAACGUGAGAUUCUCUCGAGCUUGUUUUCAAGUGGCAGGGAUGUGGACUUCCAACAAACUCAAUUCUGCUUGGGGAGAGUGGUUGCCAUAGAAAUGUUGACUCAGACCAACUCACACCAAUCGCUACUUACUUAUGACACCUGACAUGGCGAUGUCCAUAUCGCUAAAAAAUGGUGACUGAAUUGACUUAAUUUUGUCUGAGCUUGAAGCAAACCAUUUCCUACGCGUGAUCUCACACUUCCUCUUUCCAAUUGUUGUUUUUUUACAGUCAAUGGGUUUAAUUUGCAGUUCUGACAGUAACCAUUUGUUCAGGAAAAACAAGAAAUCGUGUUAUUUUAAUUUAGGAAACUUGUUAGAGAAACGUUAUCAAAGAUAAUAUACUGACAUUUUAAUGUGUUCUCUUUAAACCCAUUCAAUGUUCGACGGAAAUACCUGAGCUUUACUGUUAGAUGCCAAAUGUACUAAAGAGUAAUUUCCCUGCAUUGCUUUAGAUUUGUAUGUUUUUGUGUCAGGUUUAAUUUAAUGUCAAAAUCCUUUUUAGUGGAUCUGAACUCAGGAUGAAUGGUUUGGUCAACCACCUUGACAUUUUCUUUCUGUUUCUCCCAGAUAAUCCUGGCUGUCUGCAGAACCCUCUCGCAUAAACAACUUUCUGCUCCCUGCUGGACAGUUUACAGUCUUCUGCUGGUCCUAUAGUACUCCUUAUUGGACAUUUAAAGAUCAUACUUUUUUUCAUUUGGCACAUCUAUCUUCAUAGAGAUGAGCCAUCGCCUCUUCUUAAGUGUGCUCUGUUGGUGUGUCUUGUCAAAGUGGGAGGAAUCAGGCUGUAAGGCAUUGACGCUGAACUCGGUCAUCCUCCACCACAUCUCAGGUGGAGGAGCAGGAGUCUAUCAGAGAAGGAGGAGAAGAAGUUGGGUGUGGAACCAAUUCUUUGUGUUGGAGGAGUACACAGGGGAUGAGCCUCUGUACAUCGGAAAGCUUCACUCUGAUAUGGAUAAAGGGGAUGGCAAGGUAAAGUACUUCCUGGCUGGGGAAGGAGCCAUGUCUAUCUUCACCAUCAAUGAGGAAACUGGAGACAUCCAUGCCAUCAAGAGGCUGGACAGGGAACAACAGGCCUAUUACACCCUUCGAGCUCAGGCUCGAGACAAGAUCUCCAAUAUGUUGGUGGAGCCAGAGUCCCAGUUCAUCAUCAAAGUCCAGGACAUCAAUGAUAAUGCACCAGUAUUCCUUGAUGGACCAUACAGUGCCCAGGUUGAUGAGAGCUCACCUGUAGGUACGUCAGUGCUGACCGUAGUGGCGACAGAUGCUGACGAUCCGACCUAUGGAAACUCUGCCAGAGUUGUCUACAGCAUUCUGCAGGGGGAGCCAUAUUUCUCUGUGGAGCCAAAGACAGGUGUGAUAUUGACAGCUCUGCCAGACCUUGAUCGGGAGGCACGGGACCAGUAUCUCCUGAUCAUCCUAGCUAAAGACAUGAUUGGUCAAAUGGGAGGUCUGUCAGGAACCACAUCUGUCACUGUGAUGCUGACUGACAUCAAUGACAACCCACCUCGCUUCCCUCUCAAGAUUUACCAGUUUACUGUACCAGAAUCGGCUUUGAUCUUAUCUGUGGUUGCUAAGAUCAAAGCCGUGGAUCUCGAUCUUGGUCGGAAUGCUGAGAUGGACUACAAGAUCCUGGACGGAGAUGAACUGGGUACCUUCGGCAUCAUCACUGAUCCAGACACACAGGAGGGACUGAUCAUCUUACACACGCCUCUGGACUUUGAAAGCAGAUCCAGUUUCUCUUUACAUGUGGAAGUCUCCAACCGCAUAGUGGAGCCUCGCUUUCUUUUGGUGGGUCCAUUCAGUGACCUGACCACAGUUCAGCUGCAGGUGGAGGACGUGGACGAGCCACCAGUGUUUACCCCUUCUGUCAGUUGGAUGAUGGUCUCUGAAGCAGCUCCAGUGGGGACCAUAGUGGGAUCUGUUUCAGCAAGUGAUCCGGAUGACUCCAACAGUCCAGUCAGGUACGCUAUCGACAAACGGUCAGACAUGGAGCGUCACUUCAGUAUAGACAGCAGCUCAGGUGUCAUCAGGACAAACAAACAUCUGGACAGAGAGAGCAGAGCUCUGCACAACAUCACCAUCACCGCAACAGAAAAACAGGGUCAGUCCCUGGCAGGCUCAGCCGUGGUUCUGAUCUCUGUAACAGACGUUAACGACAAUGCUCCAAGCUUUGCCAGGAAGUACCACAUCUCAGUCUGCGAGAACGCCCAGCCAGGACAGGUUGUUGAGACGCUGAGCGCUGUGGAUCCGGAUGAACCAGAGAGGGGACAUCGCUUCCUGUUUUCUCUGACAGCAGCCCAUCAUAGUUUCACUCUGACAGACAACCACGACAACACGGCAUCUGUCCUGACUCGGCAAACUGGUCUCUUGCGACGGGAUCAGCUGAUGCAUUUCCUGCCGGUGGUGAUCUCAGACGGAGGCCACCCGUCCCUGAGUAGCACCAACACCCUGACCAUCACCAUGUGCAGCUGUGACCUCCAUGGAGGGCAGCGGCUGUGCCACUGGGGGGCGCCACAUUUUCAAAGCAUCCUAAGUGCUGCCACUGUCAUGACCUGUGUGCUCACACUGCUGGGCAUUGUCAUAGUGACCACGGUCAUCAGAUGCAGGAAGCAGCAAACCCGGAUUCUGGACCACGAGCAGGACAUCCAAGAGAACAUAGUCUACUGUGAUGAUGAAGGUGGGGGAGAGGAGGACACAGAGGCCUUUGACAUUACAGCACUGAGACACCUGAACCAAACUAAGCUGACAAGCAGGCUGCCAAACUCCGGGACAGAAAGACACAGGAUGAUCCAGGAGUUCAUCAGGGACCGACUCCAGGUAGCAGACCAGGACCUGACAGCGCCUCCCUUUGACUCCCUGCAGACUUACAACUUCGAAGGUGUCGGGUCAGCAGCCGUGUCACUGAGCUCAUUGAACUCUCAAGACUCAGGAGAAUCUGAAGGGGGCUAUUCCUUCCUGAAGGAGUGGGGGCCGAGGUUCAGGAAGCUUGCUGAACUCUAUAGUCACAACAAGAGGGGGCAGUGGCUUGAUCUGCAGGAGAGUGAUUUGUGAGGACUGGCGUAACUUUACUUGUCCUCACACCUAUGAAGCAUGUUGUGAGGCUGACACAUUCUGCCGGAAGACAUUCCUGACAAAGCUCCUUUGGACACCAACUCCUGUUUUUUAUCGUAAAAGUUGGACAAUAGUGAAAAAAACGAUAAAAUAACAAAGUGAUCUGCAAAGAUGUGAACACACUGCUGAAGCCACGCCCAUCUGAUCUCACUUCCUGUUAUUUGACAGUACAUCCCCAUUUUUAUUGUUUAAGAGUCAAGAAACUAUUAUGGAAGAGUCUGUAAAUGUGUUUUGUGAAAGAGUCAAUAGACGUCUUAUUGGAAAAAGAAAACUGCAGUGGAACCAGAAUUAUUCAAUAUGGUUCUGCUGGGUGAACCAAAUUUAGUUAGUAGCCUAGAUGUGACCGGUUCAGAGAGGCUAUUCUUUUUGUUCCACAGCAAACAGAACUUUGGACCCUGGAUGUUUUAAAAAAAAAAAGUUAGAACUCUGAAGGUCUACAUGCUACACUGCAACCACUGCAAGUUUUCCUACAGCCUCCUGUGUUUUAUUUUCAUUCCUCCUGAGGGGGCCACAAGAGAUGGUUCUACUCUACUUUUCUUGGGGGAUGCAUCACUUUGGGGGGUCUCUUCCAACCUCCUCUUCUGUUUAUCCAUCCAUGAGGGGGUCAACAGGCACUCUUUUCUUCUGUCUCCCUCAUCACCAAAAGAUCCUUCGUCCCUCAGGAGCUGAAGCCUCAGGACUUCUUCAUAGCUUGUGUUUUUUGUUCUGGUCCUCCUCCAAGUCUCCUCCUUAAAGUUUGUUUCACACUUUGUGUAGGGCAACCAGGAUGUGGCAUUUGGGACGAUCUUCUGUGAAAAUAUGUUAUUUAACCAGUUUAGUUUUCUUUUUACUUCCGGGAACAUGACACUAUGUCCAAGUUUCCAAUUAACCAACUGUUUUGUUUUUUGUUACUUAGUGACAAGGAUUUUUCAGUUCAAAGUUUUUUAAAUCCUCUAGUAUCCACCAUUUGCAACAUCCUAUUUCAUGUUGUUUUUUUUUCUUUUGGUGUAUUUUUGUUACACUUAAAUUAUUGAAUUAUGUUUCUUUUUAUGAUGCGUUUGGGUCUUUAUUUGCCACCACAUUUACCGAAAGAGCAAUCUGGCCACCUGCUGGGAGGUACUUCACUGGGGUCCACACCAAAACAUUUUCCAAGGCAGUGCAAGUUUACUUCAACACAAGGAACCAAAGACAAGCGUUCCCUCAUGUUCUGCUGCUUGUUUGAUUGACUGCAUUGUGGCUGUGCGACUGUUACAUGCAGCCAAGCAACCCUACAUUGGGUUCAAGUGGAGGGAAAGUCACCAAGGACAGUUGGGGCUCUUGGAUAAAAGUUACAGGAAAUGAAAUUCUACAGUUGAAGCAAAGUUUGGAUCUUAUUGAGAAACUACUUGUUCAUUUAGCAGAAAACCCACUGAGCUGGUCGCAGACUGAAUGCUCGAUCUACCCAACUCUACAACCUGCAGGUGGAGAUGGGAAAGUGAGAUGAGGAGGGCUGCAUUAUUGAAUCUGCUUUUUCCAAGAGAAACUUCUGAAGUCACAGAAAGAGGAAUCAUGUCAGCUCCUUCCAGUUAAAGCAUUUGUCCUUUCUUUCUUCCAACCUGCACUGAAGACGUUCAGACUCUUGGUUUAUUUUGUUUCUGUUCUGGUUUGCUUGGACCUGUGUAUGAAGGGAUUCAUAUGACUGUGACUGAAUCUAUUGUUAAUAUUUUACCUCGCAUGUUCUUUUCCUAAAGAGUUUCUAUUGAGAUCAAUGUUUAUAAAAUAGAAAGCACUUCUUAAUGAGAGUUUGGUGACUUCCUUUGCAUGAGGAUUUUAUCCAUUUACAGUAGUUCACAGUGAAAGAUAGAGCCAUCACAGUGAGACACGUGACACUAGCAGGAUUUGUUUGACUGAUGUAAAAGAUCGCCUGAGCUCUGGUGCAGAUAAACAGGCAAACCUUGGUGCCCUUGAGAGCAAGAGUCUCUGUUCACUUAAGUUGAACCAAAGUGCAGGAAAGAAUAAACAGGAGAAACUAUUUUGACCUAAAGGCAAUCGGUUAAUAACUGAACAGUGAUAAAACAUCUGCCAUAGCAACAUCCUGGUUUGGUCC